AUGCAACGACAUAUUAAAGGUAAAAUAUGGGUUAUGGUUCCAUACGGAGUUGAACCAGAUAAACUCUUUCAUUAUUUUAGCAGCUUUGGAGAUAUAGACGAGUUCAAAAUUAGUAAGUGCAACGAGACUGAAGUGGUGAAACUUGUCUACAACAACGAGGAGGGCUGCGAAAAGUUGGACCAUGCUGUAAGCACCACCAACAUAUUUGGAGGGCCGUUUUGUGUGAAAGUGCUCAAAAGGGAGUACAAAAAGUACGAAACCGACCACAGAUUAAAUACCAAUGAAAAGUUUAAGCAAAAGGAAUUUCAUCUCGACUAUCCUCUUGCUUGGAUGUGA